AUGGGUGUAGCAAAUCCGGAUCUGAAAUGGAGACCAUUGAAGUUUGUGACAUUACUAACGGCGUUGGUGGUACAAGUGCAGCACUCACUCCAGCGUAGAUCGACUCAUCCAUUGCAUCAUUUGGUUGAAACAGUGAACAAUUAUGGAGGUCCUUACAUUGGCCUCUUAAUGGCUUAUCCCACUGAAGAGGCCGCACUUCUAACGUCUCGUUUCUUCGUUCCCAGCUCUAAUGUUCCUUCCAUUGAUUUGGCGGGAAGGAGAUUCAACGUUGGGAAGAUUAAAGGUGUUGAUGUGAUUUAUGUGAUGAGUGGUGAACAAACGUUAAAUGCAGGUAUAACGGUGCAAAUUCUAUUAGAUGUUUUCGACAUUAAAGGAAUAGUUCACUAUGGGACUGCUGGGAGUGCUAAUGAUUCUCUACACACUGGAGAUGUGAGUGUCCCACUUUACCUAGCCUUUACUGGUUCUUGGAAAUGGAAGGAAUUUCAAUCGCCAGAUGGAGAUCUGGCAGAACUCAAGUUUGGCGCCUACAACUUGCCCGAAAAGGGUGAAAACUCAUUGGCAAAGAUAGAGUACACAUAUCAACAACUUUAUUCCAAUGGGAAACCAAUGCAACAAGCAUUUUGGCUUCCAGUUGAUGCAAAUUGGUUUAGUGUUGCAACCCAACUUCAGGAGUUGGACGUAGUUUUGCAACAAUGUCUUGAUGAGAAAUUCUGUCUUCCUACAAAGCCAAAGGUUGUAUAUGGAUUGAGAGGCUCGACUGCUGAUAUAUUUGUCGAUAAUGCGGCCUAUAGGAAAUUCCUUUUCAACAAAUUCAAUAUCUCAACCGUCGAUGAAGAGAGCUCUGCAGUUGUGAUGACAUCUAUAUCAAAUGGAGUGCCUUGUAUAGUGUUCCGCGGUGUAUCAGAUUUGGCAGGGGCUGGAAACAAACUGGAAUCAACAAGCUCAAGUUCUUUGGCUGCUCUUAAUGCUCUUAGUAUAACGGUGCAAAUUCUAUUAGAUGUUUUCGACAUUAAAGGAAUAGUUCACUAUGGGACUGCUGGGAGUGCUAAUGAUUCCCUAUACACUGGAGAUGUGAGUGUCCCACUUUACCUAGCCUUUACUGGUUCUUGGAAAUGGAAGGAAUUUCAAUCGCCAGAUGGAGAUCUGGCAGAACUCAAGUUUGGCGCUUACAACUUGCCUGAAAAGGGGGAAAACUCAUUGGCAAAGAUAGAGUACACAUAUCAACAACUUUAUUCCAAUGGGAAACCAAUGCAACAAGUAUUUUGGCUUCCAGUUGAUGCAAAUUGGUUUAGUGUUUCAACCCAACUUCAGGAGUUGGACGUAGUUUUGCAACAAUGUCUUGAUGAGAAAUUCUGUCUUCCUACAAAGCCAAAGGUUGUAUAUGGAUUGAGAGGCUCGACUGCUGAUAUAUUUGUCAAUAAUGCGGCCUAUAGGAAAUUCCUUUUCAACAAAUUCAAUAUCUCAACCGUCGAUGAAGAGAGCUCUGCAGUUGUGAUGACAUCUAUAUCAAAUGGAGUGCCUUGUAUAGUGUUCCGCGGUGUAUCAGAUUUAGCAGGGGCUGGAAACAAACUGGAAUCAACAAGCUCAAGUUCUUUGGCUGCUCUUAAUGCUCUUAGCGUUGCAGUUGAAUUUAUCGGCUUAGUUGGGCAACAAACAAAUCUCAGGCACGACGACUAG